AUGAGGUUCUCCCAGGCAGUAGUAAUCGCUGCCGUGGCGGCCACCGUGGCUGCGAAGCCCAUCGUAGGCCGCAGCGACAAUGUCAAGGCAUGGGACGACUACAACAAGUGCUGCGAGAUUCGUGACAAAUACGAUCCCAAGCAUGCCUGCGUCAAGCCCGAUGGUCCGAAGUACAACGACUACGGGAAGAACGAUGACAAGAAGAAGCGUGAGGACGACGACAAGAAGAAGCACGAGGACGAUGGCAUGACGAAGCGCGAGGACGACGACAAGAAGAAGCACGAGGACGACGACAAGAAGAAGCACGAGGACGAUGGCAUGACGAAGCGCGAGGACGACGACAAGAAGAAGCACGAGGACGACGAAAAGAAGAAGCACGAGGACGACGACAAGAAGAAGCACGAGGACGACGACAAGAAGAAGCACGAGGACGAUGGCAAGAAGAAGCACGAGGACGAUGACAAGAAGAAGCACGAGGACGAUGGCAUGACGAAGCGCGAGGACGACGACAAGAAGAAGCACGAGGACGACGACAAGAAGAAGCACGAGGACGACGACAAGAAGAAGCACGAGGACGAUGACAAGAAGAAGCACGAGGACGAUGGCAAGAAGAAGCACGAGGACGAUGACAAGAAGAAGCACGAGGACGAUGGCAUGACGAAGCGCGAGGACGACGACAAGAAGAAGCACGAGGACGACGACAAGAAGAAGCACGAGGACGACGACAAGAAGAAGCACGAGGACGACGACAAGAAGAAGCACGAGGACGAUGGCAAGAAGAAGCACGAGGACGAUGGCAAGACGAAGCGCGAGGACAACGACAAGAAGAAGCACGAGGACGACGACAAGAAGAAGCACGAGGACGACGACAAGAAGAAGCACGAGGACGAUGACAAGAAAAACGACUACAAAAAUGACAAAAAGGACGGGCCAAAAAUGGAUGGCGAUAAGAAGUACGAUGAGUAG